AUGGCCUGGCUCUCAAGUGGACGCACAAAUGCCGAGCUCGUUGACCGCAUGGUGGCCAACGGGCUCAUUGGCUCUGACCGUGUCGCCGAGGCUAUGAAGAGCGUCGACCGCGGCCACUAUGUCAACUCUAACUCUGCCGCUGGGGCUUAUGAUGAUUCGCCUCAGCGCAUCGGCUUCAACGCCACCAUCUCGGCUCCCCACAUGCAUGCUCACGCGUGCGAAAUCCUCCUCCCCUACAUUGACCAAGCGGACGCAAAGGCCGGCGGAAUCCUCGACGUCGGUAGCGGCAGCGGGUACCUCACCGCCGUCUUUCACCGCCUAGCGCCAGGUGCGACCGUCAUCGGCAUCGACCACCUCGACGGUCUCGCCCGCCUCGCCCGCGACAACCUCGCCAAGGACGGGGUCACGACCGGCACGUCGCCUGGCAUCGAUAUUGUCUGCGGCGACGGGCGGGCCGGGUGGCCCGCAAAGGCGCCGUACCAGGUCAUCCAUGUUGGCGCCGCUGCACCCACCAUCCCUGACGCGCUCGUUGAGCAGCUUGCUGCCCCGGGACGCAUGUUCAUCCCGGUUGGCACUGAGAAGCAGGCGAUCUGGCAGGUCGACAAGGACAAGGAGGGCAACGUGACGAAGAAGACGCUCUUCAAUGUCAUGUACGUGCCCCUCACGGACCGCACCAAGCAGUGGCCGGGUGAUUAA